AUGCCUCGGGUUGCCCAGAUGCCCCGGCCAGCAGGCAGCCGGUCGACUUCUGGGUCUGUUCCAAAUAGAUCCUCCACAUCGCUACCUCUCAAUUCACUCAACGACGAUGCCCAGGAACGAGGAAAGCGCAUCCACUCACGAAAGGCGCUUCACGAAAAACAAAUCAACCAGAUCAAGGCGGCCGCUGUCGGUACACCUCGCAAGAGCAGCUUACGACUUGAUGACAUUGAAAAUGCUUCCCCAGCUUCUGGCGCUGUGACACCGCGCGUCUCCAGAGGAUUAGAGGACGAUAUCGUUAUCGGAGGUGUCAACAACGGCACCCCCGUUAAGCGCGUGCCCAUCUUGGCCAACUUUGAAGAAUGGAUGAAGAUGGCUACCGACAACAAGAUCAACGCUACCAACUCCUGGAACUUUGCCCUCAUCGAUUACUUCCACGAUAUGUCUCUGCUCAAGGAAGGCGACGGCGUCAACUUCCAGAAGGCCAGUUGCACAUUGGACGGCUGUGUCAAGAUUUACACCAACAGAGUCGACAGUGUCGCCACAGAGACUGGCAAGCUGCUGAGUGGUCUGGCAGAUAGUAACAGCAAGAAGAAGGGCGAGGAAGGUGAAGAGGGUGAAGAGAGCGAUGAGGAGCUGGAUGAGGAUGGCAACGUCAAGAAGAAGACCAAGAAGAAGACACAACGCUCAUCGGAGGCUACUCUGGCCCCGUCGUUUGCCUCAUUACAGCUCAAGAAGUUUGAGCUCGAGUUCACCGUGGAUCCUCUCUUCAAGAAGGCAUCUGCCGAUUUCGAUGAAGGUGGUGCCAAAGGUCUCUUGCUCAAUCAUCUCAUGAUUGACUCACAAGGCCGUAUCGUGUUCGACAGCAGCGACGAUUCCGAUGAAACAGCACUUCAGACAAAGGAAGACGCAGAAGAUGCCCUCGACGACGACGACGAAGAGGGCAUUGACGAAGCUACACAGAUGCAGCUGCAGGGCGAAGCUACCCAAACACUCGACACACAAGCUGAAGAGGAGACCGACGUGGAGAUUGAUCUCGUGUCUCUCGGCCGCCGCUAUUUCCCCGAUUUGAGUCGCCUAGAUGAGUUUGAUGUUUGCCCCUCGCUCAAGAACUUUGAUCUCGGCGACCCCUCUGGCUCCAUGGAUAUCCCAUUCCUCAAGGCGCCGGAAGACUGGAAGCAGGAGCAGGGUAUGGGCGGCUUCGGCGACAACUCUGGUAUGCUUUUCGACGAGGAUGCCCCCGCAGGCUUUGACGAUGACGACCUUGGUCUCGGCAGCUUCGACAUUGGCGGCGAUGUUGCCUUUGGUGAAGGUGGUGAGGCUUGGGCCCGCGACGCUGCCCUGGAAGGCCACAUGCGCACAUAUGAUGGCCCCAUGGACGAGGACGAUGCCGACGGCGACGACUUUGACGACAACGGCGAGUUCGUUGUGUCCGUAACCAACUCCAAGAACUCAGACAAGAUGCACCAAGACAUUCUCUCCUUCUUCGACCAAGCCCUCCAGAAGAACUGGUCGAGCGCCGAACACUGGAGAAUCCGCAAGGUCAAGGAUGUCAACAAGCCUGCAUCGGAAACCAAAAAGCGCAAGGAGAAGGAGCCCUUUGAGAUCGACUUUAGCUCCCCUCUCAGCCCAAGCGUCAUGGACCUCUUCGCAGCACAGGCUACAAGCAACUCAACCAUCAGUCUCGCCAAGAAGGACUGGAAGUCCAAGUCACGGAACCUGCUUCCCGACGACAAGCACUUCAGCUCCAAGUCGCUGCUGAGCCUCUUCCUCAAGCCCAAGGCCCGUUUGAUUCAGCGCAGCACCGGUUUCGGGGCCCGUCGCGGCUUCAACUUUGGUGCCCAGCAGGAGAGCCAGCCAGCGGGCGAGCUGGACGAGGCCUUCUGGGCCCAACAGAAGGCCCCUGAAGAGACAGAGCUCCCCGGCGGCGACUACGACGCCAACUUCUUCCAAGACGACGCGCUGCCAUUUGCCGGUGGCGAUGACGACGAUGACGAUGACGACCUGGAGUUUGCCGACGCGCAGGAACAUCUGGGCAGUGCCGACGGCGGCAUGACAGAGGCCAUGGGCGGCGUGACAGCCAUGUUUGGUCCCGAUACACUAGCGAACCCAAUGGGUGCGUUUGGCGAUACCCUUGUCGCAGCCACGCGAAGAGUACGCCCCGAGUACGUCCAGUACGCACGUGUCUCGAAAAAGGUCGAUGUGCGCCGUCUCAAGGAAGAAAUCUGGAAGGGCAUGGGCCUGGAGAAGCUGCAGCCGCCAGCUACUCCUGCAGCUCCAACAGCAGAACCAAAUGGUGCUGUACCUGGAUUAGAGGACAUGUCGUUUGAGAAGCCCCUCAAGUUUACGGAGGUUAUGAACGGCCUCAAGUCGGUGUAUCCCAAGCCUGCUAUGAAGGACAUCUCCACAUCAUUCUGCUUCAUCUCGCUGCUGCAUCUUGCCAACGAGAAGGGCCUAGUUAUUAACAAGACGGAAGGACUGGCCGAACUGGACAUUCGCAAGGACUGGACUGCGCUGGAUGUAGUGGGUGAGGCGUAG